GUGACAAAACGCGAAAUACUGUGCUUGUGUCUCAAAACAUAGUGUGCUGCCUAUCUGUACCACAACUUUCGGAGUUAUUUUUCACAUAUAAUGCCUAAACACGGUCGUAUUGAACGUUUUAGCGACACAGAUUUCCACCAUGAUGUUGUCUAGACGGGGAGCUCACUAGGAUUUGAGACGCUGUCUUUUUAUUGCUGUAUUUCUAUAUGUGACGUGUAGGCUUGCUGGUUUGUGUGUAGCAGGUUUUUCUUCUGCAUAUCUGUUGCUUGGCCUGGAAUUGCUAAGUCAAAUUUAGAUACUGAUUAAACAUUAUGAUUGAUCAGAUUUAUACAUCACCACCCAUAUAGCCUGAAUUGAAAACUCAUUUAUAUUUAUGUUGUAGUUGUUGGUAAAUCCAAGGUUAGUGAUGAUGUAUGUGAUCUGGUGGAGGGGUUCAAUCUGUGGGUUUUGUUUUUUAUUGUAAAUGCUUUUAAUUUGUGCUAUUAUGGUCAAGUUUGAAACAAAAACGCUUAAUUUCAAGUCAUCUCUCUUUUAUUCACAGUUAAGCUGUUAGGAGUGUAUUGAAUGUAGGGUCCAAAUGUGUUUGAUGUCUUAUCAUUUGGCUCUGAAUAAUCGUACGUUUAGAUUUAAGUCACUUCUGCAUUGUUAUAAACCACAUAGCGAGGCUUUUUGUAUAUGUGGUGCCUGGUCGACUCCUGUGGGGUUUUACUUUAGAUUUCUUGUUGAAUACCAGAAAAACAGUCAAGAAACCCUCAAAAUGUAAAUAUGGGAUUAUAUAUUAUAUGCGGCGAUAUAUUAUAUAUAUUGUCUAGGGAUGUACCGAUAUUAUCGGUAUUGUGUUAUUAUCGCAAUAGCAAAAUUGCGAAAAUAGUACAGUAUAAAAAAUAUAGUACCGAGGUGUUACCGUAUAGUGAGAUUUUGAUAUUGUUGCAUCCAUAAUAUUGACAUAAUAUUAUAUAUUAUGACAAUAUCGGUUUACGGGCCAUUGGAAUUUUUAGCAUUGUUGUAUUAUUUUCAUGACAUCGCAGUAUGAGAAUAUAGAAUUUUUUCAUCUGCUUGGAGAGAUGCACAGGUGUAUCUGCCACCAAAAUUCAUUGGACAGAAUUUAUCAAUUUAAAACGAUUUCUAGUCCCUUAUCGGUUAUAGCACGAAAAAGACCAAUAUGAUAAACCGAUAAUGUCUGUUGUUGCAUAAUCUAACGUUUAUCUCGAAGUAAAGUAAUGAAAUCUCUAUCAUUGUGCCUAACCAGUUGAAUUUGAAAGACACAUUGAAGAUUUUUGCAAUAAAAUAUCAGAAAUGCAUUAGCACAGUUUAUUUGGUUACUUGUUGUGCCAUAUCCUCGAUUUGACUAAAAGUUCUGAAUAUCCGUUUCGAAUUAAGCCAGUCGUUUUUUGUUAAUAUUGCUAUUAUACACCACAAAAGUUAUUGGUUUAUAUCUACUUCUCGAAAGUUUUGCCAAAUAAAAAUCCAUGUGAGUUUGCAACUUAUUUGUUGUGCGCAUGGGAGUUUGACGGUGGUUGUGCUUUAGUGUCUCCUGCCGAAGCUUUAUGUCCGUAUCGCUCAUCUCUCCGUCUCUCUCCGUUGUGCUUCUCCUUCGCUUUUGUCUCCUCUUCUACAGCUCUAAUUCCUUCUCUUCUUUAUCUCCACUUCCGCUCCGCUCCGAACGUUCUCCCUCAACCCACUCCUCCUUUAUUUCCCUCUCUCUUUCCUCCACCCUUUCUCUGGGACCAUGUGUGAUAAUGGGGACGUGGAGGACAAGCCGCCUGCUCCGCCCGUGAGGAUGAGCAGCACGAUCUUCAGCGGUGGCGGGAAGGACCACGCGCUCUCCGCCAAUCACAGCUCCAAGCCCCUCCCCUCGGUGCCGGAGGAGAGGAAGCCUCGCAAUAAGAUCAUCUCCAUCUUUUCUGGGGCCGAGAAGGGUGGUCGAAGAAAAGACCGAGAUAAAGAACGACCAGAGAUCUCACCACCAUCAGACUUUGAACACACUAUCCACGUGGGUUUUGAUGCUGUUACUGGGGAGUUUACGGGAAUGCCAGAGCAAUGGGCGAGGUUACUGCAAACCUCCAAUAUCACCAAGUCCGAGCAGAAGAAGAACCCUCAAGCUGUUCUAGAUGUCCUCAAGUUCUACGACUCCACGGGCAACGGGCGACAGAAGUACCUCAGCUUCUCCUCAGAAAAGGAUGGGUUUCCCUCUGGUGAACAAUCGCCUGUUAAGAAAACACCAGAGCCUUCAUCUCCAAUCAAAACUGUUGAUGAUGAAGAGGAGGACGACGAUGAGACACCACCACCGGUUGUCGCACCCCGACCAGAGCACACCAAGAGUGUGUAUACUCGACCGUCUGUCAUCGAUCCGAUCCCUCUGCCCGUGACCUCUCCAGACAGCGAGGUCGCCUCUAAGGCCGCCGACAGACAGAGGCCCAAAAAGGGCAAGAUGACAGAUGAGGAGAUCAUGGACAAGCUGAGAACUAUAGUCAGCAUAGGAGAUCCAAAAAAGAAGUAUACGCGAUACGAGAAGAUCGGCCAAGGAGCUUCAGGAACAGUGUUCACUGCCAUAGACGUCGCAACGGGACAGGAGGUGGCGAUCAAACAAAUCAACCUUCAGAAGCAGCCCAAGAAAGAGCUUAUUAUCAACGAAAUUCUGGUGAUGAAGGAGAUGAAGAAUCCAAACAUCGUCAACUUUGUAGACAGUUUUUUAGUAGGGGAGGAGCUGUUCGUAGUGAUGGAAUAUUUGGCCGGCGGCUCGCUCACAGAUGUGGUAACCGAGACGUGCAUGGACGAGGCCCAGAUCGCUGCUGUGUGCCGGGAGUGUCUGCAGGCACUGGAGUUUCUGCACGCCAAUCAGGUCAUUCAUCGAGACAUCAAGAGUGACAACGUGCUACUUGGGAUGGACGGUUCUGUCAAACUCACCGACUUUGGAUUCUGCGCUCAGAUCACUCCGGAACAGAGUAAGAGAAGCACUAUGGUGGGCACGCCGUAUUGGAUGGCCCCGGAGGUCGUGACCCGCAAGGCCUACGGACCCAAAGUCGACAUCUGGUCCCUGGGCAUCAUGGCUAUCGAGAUGGUGGAGGGAGAGCCACCGUACCUCAACGAGAAUCCUCUGAGGGCGCUCUACCUGAUCGCCACCAACGGAACCCCGGAGCUGCAAAGUCCAGAAAAGCUGUCGCCCAUUUUCCGAGAUUUCCUGAGUCGCUGUCUGGAAAUGGACGUAGAGAAGAGAGGCGGAAGCAAAGAGCUACUGCAGCAUCCCUUCUUGAAGCUGGCUAAACCUCUUUCGAGUCUCACUCCUCUUAUUUUGGCUGCCAAGGAUGCCAUGAAAAGCAACCGUUAGCCCGAACAAACUGUGCCCGCAUGCACACACACACUCACACAAAGACUGCUGAACACUCCCGAAAUCUGUGCCAGGUGUUGGUUUUGUUUGUAACCAUCCUGUCCACAACAUAUCAGUGUUUGCCAAACCAGAACUCUGAGCAUUUCAUUUGGGUCUUUGCCUGUUUUAAAACCUGUAUGGACCGCUGUGGUGUCCUUCUGAUUUUAUUAGACUUGUGCUGUGGAGCAUCUGGACUUUAUUCUUUGUGUUGCAUGUCUGAACUUUUCCAGUCUUUGGCUUCUAUAGAUGAGACCUUGUAUGUUCCGUAUUUGAUUAUCAGAGGGACUUUUGUAGUCUUUAGGUUUCUGUAGCGAGAAUCACGACUGAAACUGUGUAGCCCACUCGUGUUCCUGAUCCUAAGGGAGGAGCACCUUACCGAUGCCAGCUGCGAGCGGAGAACGAUUUGUUUGUAGUCACUCGUGCCUUCGUUGUUAUUCCAGCAAACACCUUUAUAUCUGCCAGAAGUUGCGGAUUUGUGCCGCUGAGCUUCCUCUAACCUGAGAAAAAACUUUCAUGUGAUGAAAUGUGUAUAUGUGUACUUCGGAGAAGCGUAGCAUUUCAGUUGAUGUAGUUAACCAAAAACCGAAUGGUUGGUUAGAAAUGUAUGUUUUGUGUACAUGAACACUUUUUUCAUUGUUGUUUUAGUAACUAACAGUUUAUUACAAAGUGAAUGCUGUUGUCUGUCAUGAUGUCAGAAUUGAUAACUAUUUUUAUGCUUUUCAGUCACUUGUUUUGCAAGUAAAAGCCGGAUUCCUACAACUUCA